AUGGCCGAAGUCGAACCUAGGCCACCUGUUUUCUCGGUCGAGACUGAAAUUGUGGUAGGCCUAGAAGAAAAAGUUCCAGUUUCUGAGCCACAAAUCAACUCGGAAAAUUAUUCGUUAGAUGAGUGCUCCAAUGACGAACAGGGCCAAGACAUGAUCUUAGAUGUCGAAACCAUGACAGUUGAUAUGGUUAUUGGCGAUAAAGUCGAUAUGGAGAAACCUCCCCACCUCUCUCACUCUCCUCCGGUUUCACGUACGUCUCCAUUUUCCUCACCUUAUUUCUACUUUCCAUUAUCCAGGAUUAACUCUUUUAACAGGCCAAGGGCAAGCUACAGAUUAUACUGUGGGAGCAGAGAAAUAGGUGAGCAGGAAAAUUCAGAAUCUGAAGUAAUUCAAGUGAAGAAUCGUGCCACAUUUCGUCCGUGCAAUUUGUCAAGUUUCACCACUGAAAUACUGCAGAUACCUGCAGACAAUCCAACAUUGCAUGUUCUUGUUAUACCUGGAAAUCCAGGUAUUGUUUCAUUUUACAAAGACUUUGUGGAGUCGCUGUAUGAUUUGCUGGGUGGAGCUGCGUCUGUGACAGCUGUUGGGCAUAUAUCUCAUACCAAAAAGAACUGGGAGCAUGGAAGGCUGUUCUCAUUACAAGAACAAAUUCAUCAUAAGAUGGACUUCAUCAAACAGGAAUUGCAAAAUAAUGAAGUUCCAAUAUUACUGGUUGGGCACUCUAUUGGUUCAUAUAUAUCUUUCGAAAUGUUUAAAAGGUCUCCAGAGAAGGUAACAUUUUGUGUUGGACUCUAUCCAUUUUUGGCCUUAAACAGACAAUCCAUACAGCAGUCUUUCAUCGGGAAGCUAGCAGCGUCCCGCAUUAUAAGUGUUGUCUUGAGCUUAAUUGUUGCGCUGUUGGGAUUGUUUCCUAUCCGAUUGUUGAGGUUAAUUGUGACCACAUUCCUUGGGAAGCUCUGGUCAGCUACUGCAGUUGAGGCUACUUGCUCUCACUUGGUAAAGUACCAUACCAUGCGGAAUGUCCUCUUUAUGGCAAUGACAGAAUUCAGAAGGACUACACUGUCAGCUUUCAGAAACACUAGAUUGGGCAUUCAUGAGGACUACACUCUCGUUUUCGUUUUUCGAUCUGGAAAAGAAUAUAACCAAGAGAGUAGCUUACAACUCCACCAAGAGUAGGAAUCUAGGAAGAUCAGGGGCCUGGAAGGUUUUAGCACAUACGUUGUUCGCUCAAGCUUAGUGAAUAUAUUUUGAUUUAUGUCAUCGAUAUCUUUUGGAGAACUGCUUAGUAAUGUAGUCACCUAUGCACUGCUAACAAGAGGAAUUUUUUGCUAUGAGAUAAUAAAUUGAUUGGAGAUAAGACUUUUUUGAGACUCCAAAGAUUUAGCAUUUCCUAUCCUGUUUUUAAGUUUAAACUGUGGGGUAAUGUUUUAGCGAUGAUUCCUUAUUAUGGUUUUCAUAUGAGAAAAGUGUAUGAUCACAGUUUUGUCCCCGAUAAACAUUGAUUGAGAAUGCUUAAAUGGCCAAUAAAUUUAGGUUCUCUUAGAAAAUUUUCUUUCCAAGCAGAUAUAAGAUAUAGUACGAAUGAGAUAAAGUGGUUCCGGUUCUUGAUGUUAUUGAGUGUUAAAUGUGUGUUUGCAAUUUCUGAACGCCCUUUUUCACUUCCAGCACACUUUUUUUUUCUCUAACUAUUGAAUUGAAUAAAUCAAAAGAGAAACAGAAGUUCAUAUUUAAAAGGAUGCAUGUGUGUAGAAGGUGUAAAAUGGCGCGCAGAUUGCACUCCCCUUUGGUUUAGGCAUUCUUUUACUUUUGCUAUUGGCACUGGGCUUAUUGCAACUU